CGGCUGAGUGUGUCUGUAAUCUCGAGGCCCACCCGUGUGUGGCAUCAGCGUGGAGCGAAUGGCUGCUGAGAUAGAGGAACAUAUGACGCUGUGGUUCUCUUCACUUCCUGUAAAGUUAGGCUCUACAGAAACAGCUACAUGUGAAACAGAGACGAAAACCUCGGACGCUGUGAGAGCAGAGAAGGAAAAGGGAUGACCUCUUGGCCCCGCUCGAAAAGGUUUCCCCCCCGGUGAAGGGGCUGUCUUAAAAGUGCCGAGGACACGCAAACAGCCCCAGGAGCUGCCAUGGACUCCUUGUCCAUCGUCGCAACAAAAUACUUCCCCGAGCGAGAGUUUGACCAGAAAGCCAAUUACAGAGCCGAGAAACGGGAGCACCUGCGAGGUCGCAACAACGUGACGUCGUGCCGAAGCCCCACCAGAGAUGAUGACACGAGACAGAUCAAGAACGAGCUGAAGGAAAAAAGGCAUCUGGAGUUCCUGAGGAGGAGGUCGGUCAGCCCCGAGCCGAGUGGCUCAAAGUGUAAAAACUGCUCUAAGAGGAGAAAUCCUGCUCUGGAGAGAUUUCCAAAGAAAUACCUCAGCAAGUCAGAGAGCCUGUACACAAAUACACAACAUGCUCCCUCUGCUGAUGAACAUCAAGGGAUGAUUUUAACAACAGAGAGCAGAAUAACCCAAUAUCCAGGCACCAGCAAAUGGGCUUUAUUAUGGUCAGAACCGAUAACACCGAUGAAUCAAGAGAAAAGACACGCAAGGAAACAGACAUCUACCUCCACAACAGUGACAGUGGAAUCUAGCCAGCACUGGACAACAAGCAUGCAGAAAAGAGGCACCACUCAGAAGACAAGCAUCACAACAGUGACUCAGGCCGAAAGAGUUCACCAAAAAUCGUUGACGCAGACGGAAAAUGCUCGGCAAAACAAGACGCUUCGAGAGAUCGGCGUGCAAACGAAGUCCGGCCUUGUCACGGUCAAAGAAUCAGACAUUCAGAAAUUAUCAGACUGCGUGCAGGAGGCCCUGUGGAGAGAGGAGGCGGUGAAGAAGAAGCUGGCUCUCCUCAAGGAGCUCGCAGCGAACUUCAUGAGCUCAUCAGAUGUGUUAUGGACGUCUCGCUGCAAUGAGGACCUGCUGAGAAACAAGAUCAAGGUUCUGGAGGCGCAGCUGCAAGUCUGUGUGCAGACGUUUCCUAAGGAUGGAGUGAAGAAACUGGUGCUGCAGAUGGAGAAGCAGAGAGAGAUGUACGAGGAAAAGGCCUUGGUUUUGCUGCAGAAGGCCUCUCAGGAGAAAAGUGAGGCCAUCAGCAGAGCAGAGACACUGCAGGAAGCACUAAAGACAGCCCAGACAGAGGCAGAGAGGUGGGAGAGCCUGUACACAGAACUGAAGCUGAGCUCAGGUCAGCUCAGGGAGAACCAGCACCUCUGUGAUGAACAGCUGCAGUGGCUGCACAGCCAACUGGAGCUGUUCAAAACCCGAGAGCACGAGCUGAGGGACGAGGUGACCACUCUAAGACAAGAAAAACARGAGCUCCAGUACAACGUUUGUCUGCUGGAGGAGGACAACCAGACUUUAAGAGAGGAACUGCAGCAACUUCAAGAUGGUGGCGACGAGGCGCAGGACUUCUUCGUGCUGGAGCGUCUUAAAUCAGAGGAUGACAAUCCACGACUGACCGCCAGGAGGGACUCCCAGCUGGAGGAGGAGCUUCGACACACUCAGGAGAGACUCCAGCUUAAAGAGAAAGAGUGUGAGGAGCUGCAGACCGAGCUGCACACCAUGGAGCAGGAGUGUCAGUCCAGCCAGGCCCGACUGUCGCAGUGCAGAGACGAACUCCGGCAGCUCAGCCACCGCCGCAGGAGAACGGCGCCGUGUGGCUCCUGGUGGAGGCUAUGUAUGAUCCUCCUCCUCCUACUUGCCGUAGCUGGGCUCGUCAUGCUGUGGUCGUGGCAUCCUCCCUUCAGGGAUCAAGUGGACAUCCUGUACUCAGACAUACAGACCAGAAUCGAGGACUAUUUGAUGGAAAUGGCCUCUCCUCGACACUCGGGCUGCUUUAGACCGAUAUGAUGAUGUCACUGAUUAGACACAUAGUUUCAUAGUUAAAGUAAUUUUCUACUGUUCUAGCUUUUGUGUUUAAUAUUUGAUUAUAGAGUGAAUGGUGUAUUUUUAUAGCUGAUGUUUUGUUUUUAGACUUGGAACUCAGUUUUUGUGAUUUGUUGAAAUGUGGAGGAUGUACUGUAGACGUGUGCAGAAGAGUCAAGAAAUACAAGGUUAAAAGGAUUUAAAACUCACAGUGUGUCAAACACUGACCACUUUUAAGUUGUGAGUCUAAAUAUUUAAAUGAUAAAAUUAAAGGAAAUAUCUUGCACUGUAAAAGGAUGAUCGUAUCUGGGGCACCAUCUUAUAUUAAUACAAUUUCUUUGCAAUUAUAAUUUACACAAAUUUACAUGGUAAUAUUUGAUGACGAUGCCUGCAGCUGCCCAGCGAUUUGUUCUGACCUAAAAUUCUGAUAAAAUAAAGGUGAAACAUUAAAAUUG